AGGUUACACCUCCGCUCCUCUGAUGGACUUUGGAGGUCUGAGAUAUCCCACCUGGGCACGCGCCUCAGUAGUUUGGAGCUGUGCUCAGGAAUCUCGUGGGCUAACGAUUGUUUCUCAGAUAGCUGCUCCAUCAUGCUUAGGGUGGUUGUUCACAUUCAGUUCCUGUUAGUACCCAUGGAUGCCCCAGGAAGCUGCCGCUGUUCUCUGCAAACCAGUACUAUAAAAGAACAAAGCCUCUAAGGAGGGGACAGUGUCUACCCAGGGUCUUAGGGCCAAUAAGUAAGCAGAUCAGAAAGUGGUUACAGAUCCAGGUCCUCAGCCUGCAGUGGAUUGACUCUGCUAAGAACAGUGCUGGGUAAAGCUAAAAGAGCUCAGCGCCACCUACAGAGACAGCCAUGUGUCCUUCGGCCCUCUUCACCCACAGUAACAUGGGCCAGUGCUGCCAGCUGCCUGAGUCCUUUGGCAACGCUGGGGUUCUGAGCUUUAAAAUACUGAGAUUGGACCCAGUUCUCCAAAAACACAGUGGUUCAAGGCUGUGGCUCAAACCAACCGUCCUUCAAGUCUCAAGUUGUCGCCAGUGGAUAGAAGGGGUACUUCGCCUGGUAACCAGGGCUUCAUUUCCUUUGCGGGCACUUGCCUUUAGAAGACUGUUGAAGCGAUUCAGUUCUGAGUUAAUGCAGACCCUGGGGAGAUGGGUUAUUAGUGGACAGUUCGCAGUCGUGAAGAAAUGUCGUGAGAAAAGUACCGGUCUUCAGUAUGCAGCCAAGUUCAUCAAGAAAAGGAGGACCAAGUCCAGCCGGCGGGGUGUGAGCCGGGAGGACAUCGAGCGGGAGGUCAGCAUCCUGAAGGAGAUCCGGCACCCAAAUGUCAUCACCCUGCAUGAGGUCUAUGAGAACAAGACAGACGUCAUUCUGAUCCUGGAGCUUGUUGCAGGGGGUGAGCUGUUUGACUUCCUGGCUGAGAAGGAAUCUCUGACUGAAGAGGAAGCGACGGAAUUCCUCAAGCAGAUUCUCAGCGGCGUUUACUACCUACACUCCCUUCAGAUCGCCCACUUUGACCUGAAGCCGGAAAACAUAAUGCUUCUAGAUAGAAAUGUGCCCAAACCCCGGAUCAAGAUCAUCGACUUUGGCUUGGCCCAUAAAAUUGACUUUGGAAAUGAAUUCAAAAACAUAUUUGGGACACCAGAGUUUGUGGCUCCAGAGAUAGUCAACUAUGAGCCCCUUGGCCUCGAGGCAGACAUGUGGAGCAUCGGGGUAAUAACCUAUAUCCUCCUGAGUGGGGCCUCCCCUUUUCUUGGAGACACCAAGCAAGAAACAUUAGCAAAUGUAUCUGCUGUCAACUACGACUUCGAGGAGGAAUUCUUCCGGAACACCAGUACCCUUGCCAAAGAUUUCAUCAGAAGAUUGCUGGUCAAGGAUCCAAAAAAGAGGAUGACAAUCCAGGACAGUUUGCAGCACCCCUGGAUCAAGCCUAAAGACACCCAACAAGCACUUAGUCGAAAAGCCUCAGCAGUAAACAUGGAGAAAUUCAAGAAGUUUGCAGCUCGAAAAAAAUGGAAACAAUCUGUUCGCUUGAUAUCACUGUGCCAAAGAUUAUCCAGGUCAUUUUUGUCCAGAAGUAACAUGAGCGUCGCCAGGAGCGAUGAUACUCUGGAUGAGGAAGACUCCUUCGUUAUGAAAGCCAUCAUUCAUGCCAUCAAUGAUGACAAUGUCCCAGGUCUGCAGCACCUCCUGGGCUCAUUGUCCAGCUAUGAUGUCAACCAGCCCAACAAGCAUGGGACACCUCCAUUACUGAUUGCUGCAGGCUGUGGGAACAUCCAGAUGUUACAGUUACUCAUAAAACGAGGCUCAAGGAUUGACGUCCAGGAUAAGGGAGGAUCCAAUGCCAUCUACUGGGCCUCUCGGCAUGGCCAUGUGGAGACUUUGAAAUUCCUCAAUGAGAACAAAUGUCCUUUGGAUGUUAAAGACAAGUCCGGAGAGACGGCUCUUCACGUGGCAGCCCGCUAUGGCCAUGCAGAUGUUGUUCAACUAUUGUGCAGUUUUGGCUCUAAUCCUGAUUUCCAGGACAAGGAAGAGGAAACCCCCCUGCACUGUGCUGCCUGGCAUGGCUAUUACUCCGUGGCUAAAGCUCUUUGUGAAGUUGGCUGCAACGUGAAUAUCAAGAACCGGGAGGGAGAGACCCCACUGCUGACGGCAUCUGCCAGGGGCUACCAUGACAUUGUAGAGUGUCUGGCUGAACAUGGAGCUGACUUGAACGCUUCUGACAAGGAUGGACAUAUUGCCCUUCAUCUUGCUGUGAGGCGUUGUCAGAUGGAGGUCAUCAAGACCCUCCUUGGCCAUGGGUGCCUUGUGGAUUUCCAGGACAGGCAUGGCAACACACCCCUGCACGUGGCCUGCAAAGAUGGAAGUGCACCUAUCGUGGUGGCCCUCUGUGAAGCCAGCUGCAACCUGGACAUCUCAAACAAGUAUGGUCGGACUCCUCUCCACCUUGCAGCCAACAACGGGAUCCUAGAUGUGGUCCGCUACCUCUGUUUGAUGGGCGCCAACGUGGAGGCUCUAACCUCGGAUGGCAAGACAGCUGAGGACCUCGCCAAGGCAGAACAGCAUGAACACGUGGCAGGGCUCCUGGCAAGACUACGGAAGGACACACACCGAGGACUCUUCAUCCAGCAACUCCGACCCACCCAGAAUCUCCAGCCCAGAAUCAAACUCAAACUCUUUGGCCAUUCAGGAUCUGGGAAAUCCACCCUGGUGGAAUCACUCAAGUGUGGGCUGUUAAGGAGUUUCUUCAGAAGGCGCCGGCCCAGACUGUCCUCAACCAACUCCACCCGCUUCCCACCGUCGCCCCUGGCUACUAAGCCGACAGUCUCCGUGAGCAUUAACAACCUGUACCCUGGUUGUGAGAACGUGAGCGUGAGGAGCCGCAGCAUGAUGUUCGAGCCAGGCCUCACCAAAGGGAUGCUGGAAGUGUUCGUGGCUCCAUCUCACCACCUCCACUGCUCGACCGAUGACCAGUCCACCAAAGCCAUCGACAUCCAGAAUGCUUAUUUGAACGGAGUCGGUGAUUUCAGUGUAUGGGAGUUCUCUGGAAACCCUGUGUACUUCUGUUGCUAUGACUACUUCGCUGCCAAUGAUCCCACAUCCAUCCACAUCAUUGUUUUCAGUCUCGAAGAACCCUAUGAGAUCCAGCUGAACCAAGUGAUUUUCUGGCUUAGUUUCUUGAAGUCUCUGGUCCCGGUUGAAGAACCCAUAGCAUUUGGAGGCAAGCUGAAGAACCCUCUCCGCGUCGUCCUGGUGGCCACACAUGCUGACAUCAUGAACAUCCCUCGGCCUGCUGGCGGCGAGUUUGGAUAUGAUAAGGAUACAUCCUUGCUGAAAGAGAUCAGAAACAGGUUCGGGAAUGACCUUCAUGUCUCAAAUAAACUGUUUGUGCUAGAUGCAGGAGCAUCUGGGUCUAAGGACAUUAAGGUUCUUAGGAAUCACCUGCAAGAAAUACGGAGUCAGAUUGUCUCGGGGUGCCCUCCCAUGACUCACCUGUGUGAGAAGAUCAUCUCCACUCUGCCCUCCUGGCGGAAGCUCAACGGACCAAACCAGCUGAUGUCGCUGCAGCAGUUUGUGUAUGACGUGCAGGACCAGCUGAACCCCCUGGCCUCUGAGGAUGACCUCAGGCGCAUUGCACAGCAGCUGCACAGCACGGGAGAGAUCAACAUCAUGCAGAGUGAGACAGUGCAGGAUGUGUUGCUGCUGGAUCCUCGAUGGCUCUGCACCAAUGUUCUGGGGAAGCUGCUGUCUGUGGAGACGCCCCGAGCCCUGCACCAUUACCGGGGCCGCUACACCAUGGAAGACAUCCAGCGUCUGGUCCCCGACAGUGAUGUGGAGGAGCUGCUGCAGAUACUGGAUGCCAUGGACAUCUGCGCCCGAGACCUGAGUAGUGGGACAAUGGUGGAUAUCCCUGCUCUGAUCAAAACAGACAGCCUGCAGCGCUCCUGGGCGGAUGAGGAGGAUGAGGUGAUGGUGUACGGCGGGGUGCGCAUCGUCCCCGUAGAGCACCUCACCCCCUUCCCCUGUGGCAUCUUUCACAAAGUUCAGGUCAACCUGUGCCGGUGGAUCCACCAGCAGAGCGCGGAGGGUGAUGCGGACAUCCGUCUGUGGGUGAGUGGCUGCAGGAUCGCCAACCGUGGGGCUGAGUUGCUGGUGCUGCUGGUCAAUCAUGGCCAGGGCAUCGAGGUACAGGUGCGUGGACUGGAGACGGAGAAGAUUAAGUGCUGCCUGCUGCUGGACUCGGUGUGCAGCACCAUCGAGACUGUCAUGGCCACCACCUUGCCAGGGUUGUUGACGGUGAAGCACUACCUGAGCCCCCAGCAACUAAGGGAACACCACGAACCGGUCAUGGUUUACCAGCCCCGGGACUUCUUCCGUGCGCAGACCCUGAGAGAGAACUCCCUUACCAACACCAUGGGAGGGUACAAGGAAAGCUUCAGCAGCAUCACGUGCUUUGGGUGUCAUGAUGUCUACUCACAGGCCAGUCUUGGCAUGGAUAUCCAUGCGUCAGACCUGAGUCUCCUGACGCGGAGGAAACUGAGUCGCCUGCUUGACCCACCCGACCCCAUGGGGAAAGACUGGUGCCUUCUGGCCAUGAACUUGGGCCUCCCAGACAUGGUGGCCAAACACAACGUCAACAACAGGGCUUCUAGGGAUUUCCUCCCCAGCCCAGUGCAUGCCUUGCUACAGGAAUGGACCUCCUACCCUGAGAGCACGGUGGGCAUCCUUAUAUCCAAACUUCGGGAGCUGGGGCGCCGGGAUGCUGCGGACUUUUUACUGAAGGCCUCCUCUGUGUUCAAGAUCAACCUUGAUGGCAAUGGGCAGGAGGCCUAUGCCUCAAGCUGUAACAGUGGCACAUCCUACAAUUCCAUUAGCUCAGUGGUGUCCCGGUGAGGGCAGCCUUGGCUUGGGUAGGGUCUUUAUGGACUGAGAUGCAAGGGCGGAGGGGAGGGGGCAACUCACCCUUCUCAGUGCAGAUUCCCAUGCAGUCCUUCUGCUCCUGAAGACACCCUCCACCCUGUCCUCAGCCUCCCAGCCUCCCUCUCCCUCCCUCUCACACAUCCCCCAGUCAAGAGCAGACCAUAUCCUUCACUUGGGUCACUUGGGAAGCUAGAGCCCCUCCUGUCAGUGUUUUGGACUCCAUCUCUUGUCCUCUAAUACCUUGCUUAUUACUGAUAAUUUUAUUGAGAUUCCAAACUUUUCAAUGAAAAAAAAAAUUUAACUCCUUUAUUGAUUAUCCUUACCAAAAAAGAAAAAAAAAAAAAGAAACACACACAUUUAUCCAUAAUGUGUAUUUCUUAUCCUUUUCUCUGCUGAACCAGCCCCUCAGCUUCUCUCUUUUAUAUUUGUAGGAGAGACUCCCAUGCUUGGACCCCACUGUAUGAUUUAUAAACAGACAAUAUGUGAGUGCCUUUUGCAGAAGAGGGUGUGUUGAAUCAUCUGAGUCAGCCCGGAGCUGCUACCAAGGAAAUGCUACCUCUCUGUCCCUUGCUGUGUACUGAUCACCGCCAGAGGUGCUUCACUCUGACUUGUUGGGUUUGGGUUUUUUUUUUCUUUCUUUCUUUCUCUUUCUAGGGAGGGGGCUCUGUGUUUCAUUUGGCAAGGAAAGAGGAGAAAGGAGUCCUCCCCAGAGUGUUCAUGGCCAGUGUUGCUGUAAGAAGACAAUUUUGGUUGCACAUGAGACCUACAGACGGUCACACUUCCUUCCUCCCUCCCUUCUCAGGUAGAAGGUUGACGCAGUGUAGGGUUAUGGAGACCUGUGUUAAGAAUUGCUAAGACCCCCCCCCCCAACUCAUAACCCAUGGCAGUCCGUUAUUGUUGGCUCCACGCUGAGGUCCUGGUAUGAUCACUUCUUGCACUUGAAGUCUGAGAGAAAGGAAAUAGAGGGAAGAACAAGUUUUCUUGGGGGUGAUUGAGAUUGGGAUCGAAUUUUAAAUCAGUGUGAGGGAACAUGUUUUAAUUCUUCUGUCCUGAGAAGCAUGUAAUGUUACCAUAUCACCUGUACAUAUAUAUAUGCACUAUGUAUAUACAUAUAUAUUGAUACUGGUAUUUUUACUUAAUCUAUAAGAUGUCGUAAAAUAAUUAAGUUUGGGUUUUUUUUCCUCUCUUCUUUUGUUUUAUAAAUAAAUGGUUGCUUAUUGCA